UGAAUGUAACCCCAAACCAUGAUUUGUCCUUCACCAAACUUGACUGAUUUCUAUGAAAAUCGUGGCUCCAUGCGGGUUCCAGUGGCUUACACUCUCACUACAAGCUAAAGCCAAAAGUUGGCAGCCCUGAUAGAGCUCUCUAAUCCAAUGUUUACUAUAACAAGUAUAUUAAAGAGCCCUAUAAUUGAAUGUCGACAGCUAUAGUAUUCUUAGCCUAAUAGUAAAAAUGAAAUGGGUAACGCUGGGUGCAAUUUAGGCUAAUUUGGCUUGCCAUACACCUGUUUCGUUUAAUUAACAUUUUAAAGAAAUACUUUUCAAGUAACAGGUGAGAAACAAUGACCACUGAAUAAGAACAUUUUGCGAUGGAUUUCGAAAUUUACCAAGUUAAAACAUAAUAAAAACAUACAACCGAAAAUGAAAAUAUGAAUAUUGUCGUGUGUUGUGGGGUAACCGGUUAGUUUGGGUCGGUUAGCAUCUGCCUGUUUGGCGCGUGCGCUCUCAAGCUCAGCCAUGUUGAGUCUCCCAGACAGACAGAAAUGUCUAUAUAUCGCGCUGAAAUGAGGAUUUUACCCUCCAGGACGAGCUGAAGACAAACAAAUCAGCAUCAGUGAGCAGUCGUCCCUCCAGACGUGCUUCUGUCUUCUGCAGACUCUUUCAUCACGUUUUUUGUGUGUGAUGUCUGGACCGGUGAAGAGUCGAGCGAGAGUUUACACUGAGGUGAACACACACCGGCCAAAAGAAUACUGGGACUACCAGUCUCACAAACCACAGUGGGGCAAUCAUGAGGAUUUUCAGAUGGUGACCAAGCUAGGAAUAGGAAAGUACAGUGACGUGUUUGAAGCCAUCAACAUCACCAACAAUGAGAAAGUAGUGGUGAAAACACUGAAGCCUGUGAAGAGGAAGAAAAUCCUGCGUGAAGUAAAGAUCCUGGAGAAUCUCCGCGGAGGACCAAAUAUCAUCUCCUUAAUUGACAUGGUCAAAGAUCCUGUGAUCAGAACACCCGCCUUAGUUUUUGAACACGUCAACAACACAGACUUUAAGCAACUUUAUCAAUCACUGACAGACUAUGACAUUCGCUUCUACAUGUUCGAGAUUUUAAAGGCUUUAGAUUUCUCUCACAGUAUGGGUAUAAUGCACAGAGAUGUCAAACCACACAACAUCAUGAUCGAUCAUGAGCACAGAAAGUUGCGUCUCAUUGACUGGGGACUUGCCGAAUUCUAUCAUCCAGGACAGGAGUACAACGUCAGAGUCGCCUCACGCUAUUUUAAAGGACCAGAACUACUGAUAGAUUACCAGAUGUACGACUAUAGUCUGGACAUGUGGAGUCUCGGCUGUAUGUUGGCCAGUAUGAUCUUCAGGAAGGAGCCAUUCUUCCAUGGGCGUGAUAACUAUGACCAGUUGGUGAGAAUAGCCAAAGUUCUUGGAACAGAUGGUCUUUAUGAUUACAUUGAUAAAUACAACAUUGAGCUGGACCCUCGGUUUAUUGAGAUUCUGGGACGACACUCUCGGAAGCGAUGGAAGAAGUUUGUUCACAAUGAAAACCAGCACUUGAUCAGUCCUGAAGCUCUGGACUUUCUGGACAAACUUCUGCGUUACGACCAUCAGACCAGACUGACGGCGCAGGAGGCCAUGGAGCAUCAGUACUUCUUCCCCGUUGUGAAGGGCCAGUCUUGUUUCGCAGGAUCCACGAAUGUGCCGUCGGUGAACACCAUGGUCAGCUCUGCCACAAUGAUCACAGGAAUCACUGCACUUCCAGCCUCAACGGCUCUAUUGCCACUGACGGGCUCCCCGAUCUUCAACAGCCUCAAUACUCCAGUGCCUGCAGCCACAGGAGCCACUCAAUGACCGCAAAUCAACCCGCCGAGGACUUCGAGACUGUUAGAUAGAGCUCGUCACUGUGUUUACCCAUAAUGCAGCAUGAGUUCAUCAGAAAACUGAAUGCACUUCAUCAUGAGAUACAUUACUGUCAUGCAUUUAGCUCAGACAAAGGUGCACAGGACAUGACUGAUAUGCAGAAACAGCGAAAUGCUGUGUAACUUUUUUUCACAAGCAUUGUCAUGCCAUUAAAAUAUAUAUAUAUA